AUGAAGAAGCUUAAAGAGCCGAAGUUAAUGACCUCCUACACAAGAAACCUCCUUCUUCUCCCUCCGGGUCCAAAAUCUUGGCCUCUAAUCGGAAACCUACCGGAGAUACUAUGGAGGAAAAAACCGGUGUUCAGGUGGAUACACGCCAUCAUGGAAGAACUAAAUACCGAUAUUGCAUGUAUCCGUCUCGCCAAUACUCACGUGAUUCCCGUGACAUCCCCGAGGAUUGCACGAGAGAUUCUGAAGAAGCAAGACUCUAUCUUCGCCACAAGACCGUUAACUAUGGGCACGGAGUACUGCAGCCGCGGGUACUUAACCAUUGCAGUGGAACCACACGGUGAGCAGUGGAAGAAGAUGAGGAGAGUGGUGGCAUCUCACGUGACGAGCCAGAAGAGCUUUAAAUGGACUCUUGAGAAAAUAACCGAGGAGGCUGAUAACCUUGUCCGUUACAUCAAUAACCUAUGUGUCAAAAACCAAGGUAACGGUUUUGAGGUUAUUGAUUUAAGGCUAGUGGUGCGGCAAUACAGUGGUAACGUAGCUCGGAAGAUGAUGUUUGGUGUAAGGCAUUUUGGUAAAGGAAGUGAAGAUGGAUUUGGACCAGGGUUCGAAGAGGUUGAACAUGUUGAUUCUUUGUUUACUGUCCUAACCCAUAUUUACGCAUUUGCAUUGUCGGACUAUGUCCCGUGGCUACGGUUUUUGGACUUGGAAGGCGAUGAGAAGGUCGUGAGUGGCGCAAUGAGGAUUAUAAGUAAGUAUAACGAUUCUUUUGUCGAUCAAAGACUCAAGCAAUGGCGUGAUGGGAAGAUGAAAGAGCCUAAAGAUUUUCUUGACAUGUUGAUAUUGGCCAAAGACACCAACGGGAAGCCUGCUCUUUCGGACGAAGAGAUCAAAGCACAAGUGACGGAACUAAUGUUGGCAACGGUGAAUAAUCCGUCAAAUGCGGCGGAGUGGGCUAUGGCGGAGAUGAUUAACCAGCCGAGCAUCAUGCAAAAAGCUGUGGAGGAGAUCGAUCGAGUAGUUGGAAAAGACCGUCUUGUCCUUGAAUCCGACAUCUCAAAUCUCAACUACGUCAAGGCUUGUGUGAAAGAGCGUUCCGGUUACACCCUGUCAUGCCGUUCAACCUCCCUCACAUGUCCACCGCAGAUACAGUGGUGGACGGUUACUUCAUUCCCAAAGGAAGCCACGUUCUGCUCAGUCGUUUAG